UGCAAUUUUACAGAAUCACAAAAAAAAUGUCACAUAAAUGGGUACAUAGGGAGUAUAAAGUUUCAAAAUUCAUACUGUAGCAGUAAUAUCAGUAACAACCAAUCCUCUUUUCCUCCGAUACCGACUCAACAAUGAAGUACAACUCUAUUCCUCUUCUGACUACUCAUUAACCUUCCAGAAUCUUCUAAAUCAACCACUAAUGAAUCACUUUGCGAAGAACAACUCGAUAAACUCUAUCAGAGUAAUCGACCCAACGUUGUUCUGGAAAUGCACCGGCGAUGAAGAAUCACGUAACGAUGACGUAACCAGAGAUCCGUGGCUACAAAGGCAACUUCUAUUAUCGCCCAUUUCUUCUUCACUGAUGAUUUCUAAUGGAAUCUCGGGAACUAUGUUGUUAGGGUUUGCCAAUGUUUGUACUUACUUCUUCAGGAGGGGUGUGUUGAAACAUGUAAUGCAAUUGCUAAGUAGUAGAAGUUAGUUAGAUAAGUUGCUGAGCUGGUGCUGUGCUAUCAUCAAGUUGUUAGAGUCAGUUAGAUGCUAAAACAAUGUAUAAAUAAGGCCAUCAGUGCAUGUGUAAUGUGUGACAAAAUAUUUUCAAUUCAAUAGAAAUCGUUUAUCUUCUCUUUUCUUCUCUGUUCUCUCAAUGAUCUAAAAUCAACAUGGUAUCAGAGAUGGUGCUUUGCACCAAAAAUCUCUAAAAGUUUCUACGAAAUAGCUAGAUCUUACAGAUUGAGAGUUAAUCAUGGUUGAAGGAGAUUCAAGUACACAGUCACCAAUGGCAGGAAUUAAUCACAAUCAUGUUCUGUACCUGCAAGUGUAUACUCCAGGUACAAUCUUAGUUCCUACUCAGCUAAUUGGAGUAGAAAAUUAUUGAUUUGUGGAGCAGAUCUAGGAAAAUUGCGUUGCUCGAAAAAGGAAAAUUAGGGUUCGUGAAUGGAGUUUGUAAAAGGGAAGUACAAAGGAGUGAAUUAAGGAAUCUAUGGGACAAGUGUGAUGCAAUUGUACAUUCAUGGAUCAUGAAUUCAGUCUCCAAACAUUUGCUGAAUGGAAUCGUGUAUGGAUCGAAUGCACAUGCAGUGUGGGAGGACUUUAAGGAGAGAUUCAACAACGUGAAUCGUAUGAGGACUUUUCAGUUGCACAAAGAAAUCGCAACAACAUCUCAAGGUACGAACUCUGUUUCCAUGUAUCAUUCAAGGUUGAAAGAGUUGUGGGAUGAAUAUGAUAUGAUUGUACCAGUGCCAAGUUGUAGUUGUGAAAAAUCGAAGGAUUAUGUGGAACAUCUUCAGGAGCAGAGGUUGUUGCAAUUUUUAGCUGGUUUGAAUGAUUCCUAAGACCACACCAGAUGGAAAAUUCUACUUAAAACUGUUGCUCCUUCAGUGAAUCAGGCGUAUGCGAUGAUAAUUGAGGUAGAAAGUGAUCAAUUCAUUGUUGCUAACUCUACAAAUCAGAAUCAGCUAGAUCCUUUGGCAAUGAACUUUGGCAGUGGAAGAGGUCAUACUUAUCAAGGAACAACUGGUAGAGGACAACCCUAUCAAGGUGCUGUUGGAAGAGGACAACCUUACAAAGGAAAGAAGCCUUUGUUAGUGUGUGAUUGGUGUAAAAAGAAUGGACACACAAAGGAACAUUGCUGGAAGAUAAUUGACUAUCCAAAUGAUGGAAUGGACAAGAGGAAAGGUAAUACUGUAGUUAAUAAUAUAACUGGUAGUGAAUGUUCUUAUCCAACAGCAGGAUCUAUAGAAGAGUCAACUAAUGAGCUUGGAGAAAGAGGAGUUUCAUUUAAUGAGGAACAAUACAAACAACUCCUUGGACUGCUAAACAAUGAUGCCAACAACAACAAUGCUCAACAGUCUCAAGGAUGCUAUAAUGGUAACAUGAUAGGAUCUCUCAAGUGGCAGGGUCAAGGGGACUGGUAGAAUGAGGCAUGGAUUAUACAUUCUCAAUUAAGGAGUCAGAGUCAUACUAAUCAUAGAAGCAUACAUGUUGUUGCAACAUCAAAGAAUAAAGAUGAAGUUGACCUGUGGCAUAGAAGGUUAUGACACACUUCAUCAUCUACCAUGAAGAAGAUAGGUUUUCUUUCUAAUGCAGACACUAGUUUUCUGCAAAAUAAGUGUUGUGUCUGCCCAUUAGCCAAACAAUCUAGACUAGUGUUUCCACAUAGUAAUUCAAGAGCUGAUGUAUCUUUUUCUCUUGUCCACAUUGACCUAUGGGGUCCUUAUAAGACAUCUACUUUUGAUAACAAGCAAUAUUUUCUAACUAUUAUGGAUGACUAUAGUCGAUAUACAUGGACCUACUUGUUACAACUCAAGUCUGAAGUAAUUGUGGUCUUGAAAAUUUUCCUAUCUAUGGUUAAAAAUCAAUUUGGUAGUAUGGUAAAAGUGGUUCGGACUGACAAUGGUACAUAGUUUUUCAACUCUCAAUGAAAUGGUUUGUUCCAGGACCUUAGCAUCAUUCAUCAAAGCAGCUGUGUAUAUACACCACAACAAAAUGGUGUAGUUGAACGAAAACAUAGGCAUAUCUUAGAUACAGCUAGAGCACUGAGAUUUUAGUCACAUAUUCCUAUCAAAUACUGGGGCCUUUGCAUACAGGCUGCUGCAUAUAUUAUUAAUAGACUGCCUUCCACUGCUAUAGGGGGUGAAAUUCCAUGUGAGUUACUUCAUGGCAAGAAAAUGUCUAUUCAACACUUAAGGGUUAUUGGUUGUUUAUGUUUUGCCACAACUACUGCUAGGGGAGACAAAUUUUGUGAAAGAUCAAGGGUUGCUAUUUUGAUGGGCUUUUCUGAAACUCAAAAGGGGUAUUUACUGUUUGAUAUUCUACAUAAGACCUUCUUUGUAAGUCGAGAUGUCUCCUUUAGAGAACAUGUUUUUCCCUUCCUAGAUGUUCACAACUAUGUCCCUGACACUUAUAGAGGAACAUGUCAGUUUGAGGAUCUUCAGUUGGAAGAUAAUUCUCAUUUCAAUCCUGUAAGAGAGGUUCCUAAUGAGGCAGAUUCA